AUGGAGAAUUGGGACGAAGACAUUGAGACCACCACCAACAAUGAAAGUCCCUCCGAUCCACAACUAGUGAAUCGCGAGGGAUCAAAGAAGAAGAAGGAAGAAGAAGAAGAUGAGCUCACUGUGGAACAAAUCUUUCAGCACAAGAAGGUGCCUUCAUGGCGACAGCAACUAACUGUGAGAGCCUUUGUGGUGGCAUUAGUUCUUUCAAUCCUUUUUAGCUUCAUUGUCAUGAAGCUCAACCUCACCACAGGUGUCAUACCUUCCCUCAAUGUCUCUGCUGGGCUUUUAGGGUUCUUCUUUGUGAAGACAUGGACAAAGUUACUAGAGAAGGCUGUUUGGCUCCGACAACCAUUCACUAGGCAAGAGAACACCGUCAUUCAAACCUGCGUCGUUGCAAGUGCCGGGAUAUCUUUCAGUGGAGGUUUUGGAAAUUAUAUCUACGCAAUGAGUGAAGUUGUGGCAAAGCAAUUAUCAAAUUUUAAUGCUCCUCAAGAUAUUAUGAACCCACAAAUUGGAUGGAUGAUGGGGUUUCUCUUUGUCGUUAGUUUCAUUGGCCUCUUCUCAGUUGUGCCUCUUCGAAAGAUCAUGAUCAUUGACUUUAAACUCACCUACCCAAGUGGCACUGCAACUGCACAUCUUAUAAACAGUUUCCACACUCCUAUAGGAGCCAAAGUAGCCCAGAAACAAGUCAAGACAUUGGGAAAGUUCUUCACCUUCAGCUUCUUGUGGGGUUUCUUUCAAUGGUUCUUCACUGCAGGGAAUGCUUGUGGAUUUGUAAACUUUCCUACAUUUGGUAUCCCAGCCUAUACUAACACGUUUUACUUUGAUUUCUCUGCUACUUAUAUUGGGAUUGGAAUGAUAUGCCCACACAUCAUAAAUGUUUCUCUAUUACUUGGAGCCAUUCUCUCUUGGGGUAUCAUGUGGCCUAUUAUAGGUUCUAAAAAAGGUGUCUGGUAUUCUGCAAGCCUCAGCUCUUCUAGUGUCAAUGGCCUACAAGGUUACAAGAUUUUCAUCUCAGUUGCCAUGAUCUUAGGAGAUGGUCUAUACAACUUUGUAAAGGUGACAAGUAGAACACUCAUUGGCUUGUAUCAAGAAUAUCGUGACAAAAGAAAUGCGGCUCUCCCUGUUGCUGAGACCAACUCACCUGCAAGCCCACCUCCCUUAUCUUUUGAUGAUGAAAGGAGAACCAAACUCUUCUUCAAAGACCAAAUUCCAACUUGGUUUGCAUUAGGAGGAUAUGUUACUAUUUCUGUUAUCUCCAUUAUUGUAGUUCCAUUUAUCUUCCCCCCUCUCAAGUGGUACUACAUUGUAGUCAUCUACAUCUUUGCACCUAUUCUAGCAUUUUGUAAUGCAUAUGGGUGUGGUCUCACUGAUUGGUCCAUAGGUCCUACAUAUGGGACUAUUGCCAUCUUUGUAAUUGGUGCAUGGGCUGGGGCAUCACAAGGAGGGAUUAUAGCAGGUCUUGCAGCUUGUGGUGUCUUGAUGAACAUUGUCUCCACUGCAUCUGAUCUCACUCAGGACUUCAAGACUGGGUACUUGACCUUGGCUUCACCAAGGUCAAUGUUUGUAAGCCAAGUGAUUGGGACUGCAAUGGGUUGUGUUAUCUCUCCAUGUGUCUUCUCAAUCUUCUAUAAGGCUUUUCCUGAUAUGGGUCUACCUGGGACACGGUACCCUGCCCCUUAUGCAACUGUAUUUCGUAGCAUGGCUAUGCUAGGCGUUGAGGGGUUCUCAUCUCUUCCAACCAAUUGUCUCCAACUUUGUUAUGGGUUCUUUUUUAUAUCAAUUUUCAUAAAUGGAAUCAGAGACAGUGUAGGAAAGAGGUGGGCCAAGUAUAUACCUUCCCCAAGGAUUAAAGUAUCGAAUCAGAUUGAUCACCGCCGAUUUGACCAAUCCGAUUCUAAUAUUUGA